AUGAGUGACCCAUAUCAAACCAAGGUGAAUGAGCUCAAGGCCAAGAUCGUUCAGAAUGAAAGGAUGCGCGACAAAGCAUACCAAUUGAAGCCGCUCUUGACUGAUCGCAAUGCUCUCUCUCAGUGUGACACUGAAAUAAGAGAGUGUCAAAAGUAUAUUGAUUACUUUACAGAGGAACUUGCCAAGAUGGCAACCAAGAAGGAGUUGGAUAUAGACCACAGCAACGGCAGUACAUCAGAUGGACAUCUCAAUCCCCGUGAUGGCUCAACUCCUCCUCGCACAAGCAGCAUUGGCCCUUCCUCAGACACCCAUCAUCCAGUGAAAAAAUAUUCAACGCUAGAUUUGCUGACCACGGACACUUUAUACAACAAAUCAAAGGUGUCUCUCAAACUGCAUGAACUAGAGUACAAGCUAGAUGUCGAGAACAAAGUGUUGGCAGGUAUCAAAACAAUGGCUGAUGUCAUGGACAGAGAUCCUUCCUUGAGCGACAGAAGAAGACGCAUGGAACUUCAAGGACAAAUGUACGAGAGCAUUGAGAAAUUGAAUCUUUUGACAAAGGCCUUGCGGAAGUACAAGAGUCUGUAUAUUGGAGAGGGAGACGAUGACGAUGAUUAUGAACUGGAAACGCCACCAUCAGCUCGUAUGCCUCCAGGCUUCAGAAGGCCAGUGACAGGAAAGCUACAGCUUGAACUUGUACAGGCACGCGGGCUUGCUCAUGCGCCCACGAGAAUGUUCAAAAUGCCAGACACGAUUGUCUAUGUCAAAAUUGAUGGCAACAUUGUGUAUCGAUCCAAGCUGUCUCGCAAUGACAAAUGGCUCGACAUGUGCGAGACACAUGUCAACAAGGCAACCGAAGUUGAAAUCUCUAUCUACGAUCAAGAGGCAGAGCGCAGUUUACCUAUUGGUAUAUUUUGGCUCAAGAUCACUGACAUUGCAGAGGGCUUACGUAAGAAGAAGAUCCAACAAGAGAGUGGCCCUGGCUGGGUACCAGCUGAAGUGUAUCAAAAGCAAGAGCAGAAGGGCAUUGAUCCUACUACUAACCAGCAGCAACAGCCACAAAUUGUCCCUCAGCAGCCAUCCCAUGCUGAGUCUACGCAAGACGGCAUCCAAGCUUGGUUUGAUGUGGAGCCCUCGGGUGAAAUGCUACUUCGAGUGAACUUUGUGCGUGAGGCUGCCAAUCGUCGUCCAUUGGACAAGUUGGGUCGUGCUGGUGCUGUCAGACAAAGACGUGAGGAAGUCCAUGAAAUGAAUGGCCAUCAAUUUGUCGAGAAGAAGUUUUACAACAUCAUGCGCUGUGCUCUGUGCGGGGAGUUCAUGGUCAACAGUGGUUAUCAGUGUGAAGAUUGUGAGUACACAUGUCACAGAAAGUGCUUUACAAAGGUGGUUACCAAGUGCAUUUCCAAAGCGAAUGCCGACAAGGAUGCUGAUGAAGACAAGCUGAACCAUCGCAUUCCUCAUCGUUUCGAGCCCAUCACCAACAUUGGCGCCAAUUGGUGUUGUCAUUGUGGAUACAUGUUACCCUUGGGAUCUAAAGGUGCUAAAAAGUGCUCUGAAUGUGGUGUUACUUGCCAUACAAAAUGUCAACAUUUUAUUCCUGAUUUUUGUGGUUUAUCCAUGGAAAUGGCAAAUCAGAUGCUGGCUGAAAUCAAGGCAGCCAACAAGCGCAAGACCCUGGAAGGUGCUACUGUCACUCCAUCUACCUCUUCGACUACAAGCAGCAAUAAGCCAAGUCGUUCAUCACGCCAUGAGGACGAGAAUAAGCUCAGUGAUCAAAUGUCUCAAUUGUCGUUGAAUCAACAAAAGCCGCUGCCUGUUCCUCAGCAACAGCAACAGCAACAACAGCAACAACAGCAACAACAGCAACAACAACAACAGCAGCAGCAACAUAUGCAAAUGCCACCUAGUCCUGUUGGCCGCAUUCAAUCUUCUCCUCCACCCCUAUUACCCCCUCAUGGCCAGCCUUACCAGCCUCAACAACAGCAAUACCCAGUUCAAACCAAUGAUCCUCGUUACCAGCAACAACAACCAUUUGAUCCUCGCUAUCAACAGCAAGCCCGUCCUCAAUCACCUUAUCAACAGCCUGUUUCUGGUGGCAAUUCACCCAACAUACGUCCUGUGUACACGCAGACACCGUCUGCGAUGGAAGUAGCACGUCCGCCUGUGCAAACAAAACCAGUGCAACAACAGCAGCAACAGCAACAAGUGCAGCAGCAGCAAGCAGCUCAAAGACGUGUUACACUCAACGAUUUCAACUUUUUGUUUGUUCUUGGUAAAGGUAACUUUGGCAAAGUCAUGUUGGCAGAGGACAAAUAUGAUAAGCGUCUUUACGCUGUCAAAGUGCUAAAGAAGCGUUUUAUCAUUGACAAUGAUGAAAUUGAAAGCGUUCGAUCAGAGAAACGCAUCUUCCAAGCUGCUAAUCGUGAAAGACAUCCCUUCUUGAUUGGUCUUCAAUCAUGUUUCCAAACCGAAUCUCGCGUCUACUUUGUCAUGGAGUAUGUCAGUGGUGGUGAUUUGAUGUGGCACAUUCAAAGAGAACCAUUUUCUGAAAGACGAGCCAAGUUCUAUGCCUGCGAAGUCUUGUUGGCAUUGGAGUAUUUCCACAGUCAGGGUAUCAUUUAUCGUGAUCUGAAGCUGGACAACAUCAUGUUGGGAUUGGAUGGUCAUAUCAAGGUGGCUGAUUACGGUCUCUGUAAAGAAAACAUCUGGUAUGAUGACACUACAGGCACUUUCUGUGGUACACCCGAGUUUAUGGCACCUGAAAUCCUGCUGGAACAAAAGUAUGGCCGUGCUGUAGACUGGUGGGCAUUUGGUGUCCUUGUGUAUGAAAUGCUGUUGGGUCAAUCACCAUUCCGUGGUGAAGACGAGGAUGAAAUUUUCGACGCUAUCCUCGAAGAUGAGAUCCUUUAUCCUGUAAAUAUGUCGAGAGAUUCCGUCUCCAUCUGUCAGAGACUGUUGAAUCGUGAUCCCAAAAAGAGAUUAGGUGCUGGUCCAUCCGAUGCUGCCGAGAUCAAAGAGCAUCCCUUCUUCCAUGGCGUUAAUUGGGAUGACAUGCUUGCCAAGCGUGUACCUCCUCCCUUCUGCCCGUCUAUCACUGGUCCUCUUGAUACAUCUAACUUUGACGAAGAAUUUACGCGUGAGAGACCUGCCUUAACUCCCAUCAACAGUGUCCUGAAUCGUGUCGAACAACAAGAAUUUCAAGCAUUCUCCUAUGUUGCUGAUUGGACUCAAGCAGGGCCAUCAUGGUAA